UCAACAGUGCUCUUCUCAGACACAGGACCAAAACAGCUUAUUUCAACCCCUGGAGCAAUGAAACAUUAGGCAAUUUCAAAAGGAUCAUUUUCAGCCCAGCCUUUUACAAAUGGAUGAUGAGGUUCCUGUUACAUGACAGGCAGCAUAUUUGCUUUUAUGAUAACCUGCUACUGCAAAGCAAAUUUAAUGCAAGCAAGAAGACUGGUGACAGCAAUCAUUCCAUGUGUUGUUUACUAGCGUAAUAUACAGGCUUUUGCUUCGGUGAUUGCAGAGGCUACAAAACAAUGUACCAGACCAGCAGCAAUGGAUUUUAGUACUUCAUCUGUGUUUGAUCAACAGAAAGGUGAUUCAGCAGAAGAAGUUGACCUGACUGUGGUGUAUCAAGCCGCAGCUAAUGGGGAUAUCAAUACUUUGACUUCUGUCAUCCGUGAAGAUCCUUCCAUAUUAGAAUGCUGUGACAGUGAUGGCUGUACUCCCUUGAUGCAUGCUGUCUCAGGACGCCAACAUGAUACAGUGAAAUUGCUGCUGAAGAUGGGAGCCAAUAUCAAUACUCAAGAUGCCUGUGGGCGUACCAGUUUGACCCUGGCCACCUAUCUGGGAUGGCUUGAGGGUUGUGUCACUUUCUUGAGAAAUGGUGCCAGACAGAAUAUCCCCGAUAAAAAUGGAAGAUUACCACUGCAUGCUGCCACUGCUGAUCCCAAUGUCAGGCUUUUAUCUGUGCUGCUGCAGCAGUCUGACCUGAGUGAAAUUAACCAUCAGGACAACGAGGGAAUGACAUCUCUUCACUGGGCUGCAUUUCACAAUCGACCCCAGCAUGCCCAAACACUGCUGCAUAAAGGAGCUGAUCCAACACUGGUGGACAAAGAUUUUAAAACAGCUCUUCAUUGGGCAGUUCAGAGUGGGAACCGGAUCCUCUGUUCUAUCAUCCUGAGCCACCGUCAGGGCCCAUCAAUAAUAAACUAUGAUGAUGAGAAUGGGAAGACUUGCAUUCAUAUUGCUGCUGCUGCAGGAUACAGCGACAUUAUCAGUGAGCUGGCUAAAAUCCCAGAAUGCAACUUGCAAGCCCUCGAUGUGGAUGACAGGACACCUUUGCACUGGGCUGCAGCAGCAGGAAAACCGGACUGUGUGAAGACCUUACUACAGUUGGGGGUAGACAGCACCCCAAGAGACAUCAAUGAGAACACUCCACUGACGUAUGCUAUUUACUCUGGGAACACUGCAUGUGUUAAACUGCUCUCCCAAGAGAACAGACUGGAGCUUGUUCAUCAAGUGUCUUCUCAAAAUAAUGCAUUCCUGAAGAAGGAAAGCCGAUUUCAUAUGCUUAAUCAAAUCUUCUCCAGCAAAAAGAAAAAGGGAGACUGGAAGGCAAAUCCAAAAGAGAAGAAUAAAGACAGAUCGCAGAGGGAAGAGACCUCAGAGGUGGAUGAAAUUAUCACUACGUUUGACUGCAUUAUGGAUGCCAGGUACAAAAGUUCUUCAGAAGAGAGUGUCACAGCUAUUGAUUUUAAAAAAAGAAGCACAGACACUAAAAAGUACCUCAUCUCAGAAAAUAACACCCCAGACUGCAAUGGCCUUCCACCAAUAAGAACACAAAGCCUCCCACCAAUUACUGUGGGUCAUUCUUUUUUAACAACUUCUCACCUGGCAACAUCUAAUAUGUGUUUGGGUACUGAAACUCUCCAUUUUCCACACCAGUCUCAAAAAAGCAGAAGUGAACAUGAUUUGUCAAAUCAAAGAAGCAGUCGACAAACUUUGGACAAUCCUUGGAAAGUUGAUACUAACCAAAUACUCACAUGUAAAGUCUGGACAACAAUGCCUUCUGAUAAUAAACUGAUAGAUGGAUUGUUCCCAAACAAAUCCGAUCAUGUUCUUUUGUGUCCUCCUCAUCUUCCACAUCUAUCUAGUUCUCCAUCAGGCAAAAAAAAUCAACAGGCGACACUAGAUCGAUCCAGAGGAAAAGAUCUAACACCUGUGAGGAACAACUUGUCUCCCAUACUAAACCACUGUAUUCAAAAAGCCCAGGUACCACCCAGACAAGUUUCUCAGGGUGUCAAGGAGUUGAAGUCAUUGUCUUUAAAUUCCUUAAGGACUGGUACCUCUGUUCUCCCGCCAGCACUUCCCACCAAAUCCCCCAAAGGAGGACUUUCGCAGAGUCGCUUGCUAUACUCUUUCUUGCCAGUGCUAUCAGCAGAGCCUCGUCGAACAAGCAGAGUCCUACCUGCCAUUCCAAGCCAAAAGGGAUCUAGUCUCACAGAAGAAUCACUCAGCCAGUCUUGUUGCAAAUCAAACAGUGACAAUUAGAUCAUAUGUCCAAAGCUAUCCAAAAACCAGUAAUUAAACAUCACUCAACAUUUGCUUUCUGUUGUUAAUGAGAGAAUUGACAUACAGGAUUAAAAGUCAAGCCACAUCCAUCCGAUUGCUAUUUGGCGCAAUUAUUUAUCUUAAUAUAUAAUUGGUGCCAUUAUUUAUUUUAAUCUUAUUGAGAAAGUGCUAGUAAAUAUACUCCAAAAACAGAAGGAAGGAAGGAAGGAAGGAAGGAAGGAAGUAAGGAAGGUUGGUUGCUAUACAUUACUGCUUAAAAGCCGAGAGCCAGUGCCAGUUUUCCUUUCUAAAUGAGCAAGACCAAUGCAAUGUGCUUAAUAAUUUAGCACACAUACCUCUCAUUCAGGACUGAUUUAUUCAUAGACUCUUGUCUGUAUCUCCUGGAGGCCACUCAAAAGGAUUCACAUGUAUAGUUGCCCCACAUACCAUGCAUUACAUUUUAGUGACGCUCAGCUCAUAAAUGUGCAACAUUUAGAUGGCAUUAUUGUGUGCCCAAACAAUACUUCUGCUGUAUUGCAAUUGCUAUAGGCUAUGAACAUUUCAACACAAUGUCCCCAUAUGGAGUAUCUGCCCAAGUAAAUGCCUCUGGGUUGUCCGAUUUAAAUCAGGUCUAAGUUUCAUGGGGCUUAAAUCUACUUUUAAAGUGCCAUUGACUUCAGUAUGAAUUAAGUACACUCAGUUUUCUCCAGAACAUUUCCUGAAUGUUAGCAAUGGUCUUCUGUAUUUCCAAAUAACCAAUAAAGCAAAAAGAUAACACGCUGAAAUGCAUGUAGUCUUUUUCUCAGCUCCUAAACAGAUAUCCAUUCCAGUGUUUCCUGAUGUUGGUUGUUGAGAGGUAUGCAUUUCCUCUGUUAGGAACUGCUGCUCCAUGUCCUAAAAGUACCAGAGAAAGGGUCAGAUUAAAGAACAAUGUUAAUCUGUUUGCACAUAUAAUUGCAACAGAAUAUAUCUCCAUCCCUCAAAGUUGCUUUAGGUACUUUCCUAACAAUCAGUUAAAAGAGUCUCCACAGCACUUUUUUCAAGUCCCUACAACAGCACUGUUAAAGUAAUCAAAAUUAUGUCAACUUGUCUGCAGCGUCAUAAUAAAGAAUUCUUGUUUUGUUUGUCACAAGGGCAUGCGUGAUAUCUUUAAUAAUGACAACUG